AUGGCCCAUCCGGGGGCACUGCCAGACGCCAGGGCAACAGCGGGCGCCCCGCCAUCCUCCAUGUACUCCACGACCCCGGGCGUUUCCUAUGUCUCUGGUCUGCCCGUGUCCUAUGCCAACUCUCUGGCCUUUGGUCCACCCUCCUCCAUGGCCUACACGCCCACGUCGACCAUCCCAAUGAGCUCAACCCCAGGCCUGCCCAUGGCGUCGCCCGCUCCCCCGCACCUCAUGGCCUCUCCGAGUGGACCGCCCUUUGCGUCGUCCAUGAUGGGGCAUCCUCAGCACGUCUACGGCAUGGUGUCUCAGCCCGUCUUUGCCAAUCACGUCGGGUGGCAUAGCCCCUCAGUUGCCCCAGACUCGAGUACGCAUGCCCUACGGGAGCAAGUCUCAACCCUCAAGAUGCAGCAAGACAAACUGAGUCAUCAAUUGACUCGCAUGAAUACCGCCUUGGAGGAACUGACGCAAUCCUCAAUGAGCGCACGCGCUCAACAAAUGCGCGAAUCGGCUCAGCGUCAAGAACUCGAUCAACGCUUGCAGGACGAUCUGCACACGCUCGCCCAAGCCAUGGCCCUGCUCAUUCGCGAGGGCAAGUUUGACAGCAGUCAUCCGCUGAACAAAACCAUCCGCCCCAAACUAGAGAGCAUGAACCCGCUCCGCCGUCGUGCUCUUCUUGGACGCAAGACCGUGCCCGAGGAGGAGAGCAUGAUGGGACGGUGGUUGAACGAGCAAGCUCGGCGCCAGCUACCAGGCAGUUCCGAACCAGAUUCGCAGGCGCUCUCUCAACGCCAGCGACACUCCUCCGAAUCACACAUGGAAUUGCCUCUCAUUGAGAUUGUUCUUGACCGUCCUGCUUCCGGCAUCUGGGGUUUUGAUACAACCCCCGCGCCAGCCGCCGACGGCAUGAUUGUCGAAUACAUUGGUGAUUCGGAAGUGGCUCGCAGCGGCCUCCGCCGAUUUGAUGUGAUUCGAAAACUCAAUGGAACCAACGUGAUGGACAUUGGCACCGCCCAGUUUCGCCAUGCUCUCAACGACGCAGUUCGCGUAGUCUUGUCCGUCCACCGACAAUCAGCCGACAGCGAAGCUUCUCGGCGCAGCAGUGUAUCAGAGUACAGCUAUGCCACCGCCCAGAGUGUGGCCACCGACCUGUCCCGCGCCGCCGAUCCGCGCCUAUCUUCUAUCCGUGACCGUGACAGUUCCGAGGCUCGAAUGCGCUCCUAUUCGGACACAAAAGCCAUGGACAGGGCUAUCACCGAACUUCAAGAAGCCCACAUUGUCGGGCUCCGUACUUCGAGUCUGGAACUUCUCCCCGUGAGCUCGGCUUCGGAGCACGCAGCCUCGUCUAUUGAGGGCAGCAGGUUGGCCACGCGAAUGGUCCCCGUCCACACCUUACCCGUCACCAGGCGCCUCAGCACCGGCCCCAACGUCAGUUCGGAUAGCAAUAAUACCCUAUCAGGCCGCACGGACGCCAGCGCCAAAAGCUCGUCUGAUGCUACGCCCCUUGUGACGCGCCACACCUCGCCCCUUUUUUCCGGUGCACAAGGUGACGCCACGGCCAAGCUUGGGAAAUUGGGCGCGUCCCGCUCGUCCGCGCAGUCCAACUCGCACGUAUUCAACAACAACAUCCUUGCUGAAUACUUGGGUCCACCGCAGUUGCAGCUUCCCGUUAGCUUGUCUCGAUCAGCACUCACGCAGCCCUGGGGGCUGCCCGUCAUCACCGUCCAGUGUGCCACGGAGGCCGUUGCAGGCUUUUCACGAUGCUUUCUCAACCAAAUGCCGCCCAGUAGUCCACACAGUCAAAUCAUGUACGUUAACGCCGAGGCAGCACAAUGUUGGGCUCAGGCGCUGUAUUCGGCCAGCAUUUUAAAUGGGGGAGAGUCCAGCCCCACACUGCCGACACCUGAUGACCAGAGAGGAGCCAUGCCAGUUACACGCGACGACAAUGGCGAGCCUACGACCUCUGACUCUGCGGCCAACUCAGCGGCCAACUCAGCGGCCAACUCACGCCGCACAUCCAUCUCGAUGGAUGUCGAAGCAUCCAAUCGUGAUUCUCGUUUUGUGUUGGAGCCGACCAAGGCUGCUGAGAUUGCGGCCAAGUUUGAGCAGAAAUUGGGCAAGACGGUUAUUGUUCUGCAACUGCAACGCGUGCGUAUUUCAAGUCUACUCGAUUGA